ACUCACAUAUAUAUAUAUAUAUAUCAGAGGCCGUUUGGAGGAAUCAUUGUUCACUUUUGUCCAUUUAUCUGCUCACUCCCUCCGGGCGGAGCCGCUCCGGUGGGGUCUGGAAGCCGAUUCUGCACUCGGGGGAGAAAGGGAUUGAGCGGCGCUCCUGACCCGAGGUAAAUGAAGGAAAAUAAGGAGAAUUCCACCCCAACUACAGCCCUGGCAAAUGUGGACCUCAGGAAGCCAUGCUGGUACUGGGACAAGAAGGACCUUGCGCACACUCCUUCACAGUUAGAGGGGCUUGAUCCAGCAACCGAGGCCCGCUACCGCCGGGAGGGCGCCAGGUUCAUCUUUGAUGUGGGAACACGAUUAGGAUUACAUUAUGACACACUGGCCACAGGAAUCAUCUACUUCCAUCGCUUUUAUAUGUUUCAUUCCUUCAAACAGUUCCCAAGAUACGUGACAGGCGCUUGCUGCCUGUUUCUGGCAGGAAAAGUAGAAGAAACCCCCAAAAAGUGUAAAGACAUCAUCAAAACUGCUCGAAGUUUACUGAACGACGUACAGUUUGCGCAGUUUGGAGAUGAUCCGAAGGAAGAAGUCAUGGUGCUGGAGAGGAUAUUGUUGCAGACAAUUAAGUUUGAUUUGCAGGUUGAACAUCCUUAUCAAUUCCUGCUCAAGUAUGCCAAACAACUCAAAGUUCAAUUUUCUCUCUCUCUAGGUGACAAAAACAAACUUCAGAAGCUAGUGCAAAUGGCCUGGACCUUUGUGAAUGACAGCCUGUGCACCAUGCUGUGCCUGCAGUGGGAGCCCGAGAUCAUCGCCGUGGCUGUCAUGUACCUCGCUGGCAGAUUGUGUAAAUUUGAAAUCCAGGAAUGGUCAGCAAAGCCCAUUUACAGGAGGUGGUGGGAGCAGUUUGUGCAGGAUGUCCCCGUAGAAUUACUGGAAGAUAUCUGUCACCAGAUCCUCGACCUUUACUCUCAGGGGCAGCAGCAGAUGCCACAGACUCCGCAGCAGCAGCAGCUGGCAGCCAUCCCCAGCCUGGAGCCACUGCCCCCGCCCCAGGUCCAACAGGCCAAGAAGCUCUCUCCUCAGUCCACGCCUCCUCGGCAGAUGAAACGAGUUGCGGCUACUUCCCCAAAGGAGGACGGCAAGAUACUAGAGCAACAACCUCCUAAAAUUCCCAAACUGGAAACCCCUCACCCUUCAUUACCAACCAGCCACCCUCCUCCUCUAGAGCGUAAGCCAGCCCUGAGCACAAGCAGCAGCGGGGGAGAGAGCGAGCCAGUACCGUCAGUGAACUCCACCGAAUUGGCAAAGGUUUCCAUCCCACCACCUCUCCAUCCUCCUACUGUCCACCCGCAGCCACAGAUGCCCCAGCGACCUCCCCCCUCCGCUGCCUACAUCAUGGGAAUGUCCACCACCAGCUCCUACAUGUCGGGGGAAGGCUUCCAGAGUUUGCAAUCUAUGAUGAAAACAGACGGUCCCUCCUAUGGAAGCAUACCAUCUUACGGCCCGCCCAGCCACGUCCCCUACCACCCACACGUCUAUCCCAACACGUCUGUACCCCCACCAACAAACUACCCACCCAACAUUCCCCCUCCCACCCCCGGCUACCCACCCCCUGGCUACAAUCCCACCUACCUGCCCCCGCCUCGCAUCCCUCCCAGUCACAAUGUGCCUCCACCACCCACACUGGGCAUUCCACCAACUAACUAUCCUCCCCCUACUGGGCCUCCAACCCAGCCCCCAGGACCACCCCCACCUCCCCCAGGGAUGCCCCCCGUGGCUGGGAUGGGCCGGGGAGGGUGGCUCAGAUGAUGGAUGCUGUGUGUAGUCUCCGAGGUUACUUGCAGGUCCCACAAUCGCACACAACUUGAAUUUGCCUUACUUUCCAUCACGGACUCCAACCUUUUAUACCCAAUAUUUCCAGUUUUGUUGUGUGCCCCAGACUCCCACUCAGCACACUGUGUAAUGUGAAGGUGACAAUCCCAGAGCAGCUGAGAAGUGGCUCAUUACCUGCAGACAACGGAGCUCAGUUCUGAAUGUCAAUCAAGUCUUGGAUUUGUGUUCUGCUCCUCAGCACGAAUAUGUUGUGUGAAGGACUUUUCUCACACACACACACACACUCACUCUAUCUUUCACCCCUCCCCACAAUGUUUUACUUUUGUUUAAGAUAGGGGCUUUAUUUUGUGUGAAAUGUAGUCGACAAGUUGAAGGUCACUUGUUUUAUGCUGUUCUGGAGGAGAAUGGUUUCGAUUUUUUGACUCCUUUAUCGAGGAGAAAGUCAAUUUCUGUUUAAUAAAAAAAAACAGACUGGGUCAAAACUAAGUGUUUGUAAAUUGGGAAUUUUAGUUUGGAGUUUAGUCUGUGUUUGUUUUUUGAUCUCCAAUACGGUUCCUGACCAUUUUAGAGAAAAAAGAAAUUGCGUUCAAUGCAAUUUUCUCCUCCUCAGGACACCUGUUGAUAUUGUUGAACUAAGAUUAUUUUUUUCCAAGCUGUGUCGAUGCCUGAAUGUAACAGGAGAUUGUCCUGGGAGCUGGACUUUGACUGUAGUAUAUUAUGUACAUUUAGUGGCUGUUUACAUUACAGCCCAUUAAAGAUGGUGAUGGUA